GAAAAAUAUAAAAAUUGUUUCUUUUUUAAGAGAUAACAGACACGUAGACCCGUGGCAAAUUAACAAAACGAAACAGGUUUCAGAAUGGUCCUCCCGGACACAGAAGGCACAAAGCUGUGCAGUCCUCUUGCCAAGCAGAAGAUUUGCUCCAAGUUUCCCGUUCCUGGGGCCCUCCAGCAACACCUCUUCUACGGAGAGUACAGCCCUUUCAAGUACGCCCCCAUCUUCGAGAGCGAUUUCGUACAGGUGACAAAGAAGGGGGAGGUCUUGAGCAUACAUAAGGAUAUCACCGUGGUGACUGUGGGAGUGACAUCCACAAGCCCGAGCUUUUCCCUCCCGAAUGUCAUGCUACUUGCCCGACCGAUCGACAGCCUGAAGGAGAUGGUGUGCAACUGCCGAAUCUCGACCGAUAGAUGCCCCAUGGAGCUCACCAGGCUUUUCCCUCUCUGCUUCGUGAACAUUUCGAUCCACGACGUCUACAACCGGCAGCUACGGUUGAAACUUGCCAAUGGCCGCGCCUUUUACCUCCAGCUGUACGUCCACCCGGACUGUGAGAACGAGGUUUUUGAGCGCUGGAUGAAACUUGUGACCCUCCUCCACAACAAUCCGGAGAACGUGUACGGCUACGAAGCCAUCACUCCUGAGAUCGAGUGUAUCCUGGAGCAGACGAGCGUUGAGACCUUGGCCACCGAGCUCUCUGACUGGCAACUGGAAGAACCUGCCAUGUCACCGGCCAUGCGGGAGUACUACGAGACCAAUCGCCCAGGCAGCGGGAAGAGUGACAAGAGCAGGAAGAGCAGGAAGAGCGAGAUGAGCGAGAAGCCCGAAGACUGCAGCACAAGGACCCGGAGCAGGAGCCGGAAGAGCGACUCCGGCAAAGCGGAGGAGGCUGAGAGCACUCCAGAUUUCAGCCAGGAGCAGGAGCCCUGGCCUCCCAUCGAACCGCCUAAGAGAAAGAAGAAAACUCGAGGGCCGAUGGGUUUCAACUUCUUCAAGAAAGACAAGGGUUCUAAAGAGAAAUCUCCAGAGGAAGACCAGAUGUUGGCGCCAGUGACAACUCCGACUGAAGACCAUGAGGAGGAACUAAAGAUGGAGAGUGAGCAGAAAGAUGACAGAAAGAAGUCGGAUGAAGGCAAGGACAGGCAGAAGAAGAAAUCAAAGGACAAGGAGGGCAAAGAGAGGAAACAGGGGGAUAAAGAUAAGAAGAAGGAGAAAAUGGAAAAACAGAAGGAAAGAGAGCAACAGUUGAAGGAGAAAGAGGAGAAGAGGCAACAAGAAAAGGAUAAAAAGAAAGAAAGGGAGGACAAGGGGGGCACGGAAAAGGGGAGGCGGCAGCAGGAAAGGGAAGAGAGGCGGCGAAAAAGGGAAGAGAGGCAGCGAGAAAAGGAAGAGAGACGGAGGGAAAAGAAGGCUAAGCGGAGGGGGGAGGAGGAGAAGAAACAGCGAGAGAAGGAGGAAACAAAGCCGGACAGAGGAAAAGGAGAAGAGGUCGCAGCAGAAGGACAAAACAAAGCAAGCAAAGACCAAAAGGGAUAA